ACAAUCUCCGUCAUCAUGGCCAUGACUGACGUUCUCGCCGUUUCGGAUAUUACCUCGGCAAUCAACGCGUGUAAAGCCAAAGAUUCCUUUAAUCCAAAGAUGUUUUUCAAAGUGGUGGGUUUGUCGAAGAAAACUCCAACUGAGAUUGAGAGUGUCUUUAACAUCUUGGACCAGGAUAAAAGUGGAUUUAUAGAGCAGGAUGAGUUACAACUAUUCCUGCAGAACUUCUCCAAAGGCGCCAGGACACUAACUGCCGCUGAGACCAGGGCUUUUCUGCUUGAGGGGGACUCUGACGGUGAUGGAAAGAUUGGAUGGGAAGAAUUUUCCGCAUUGGUCAAGUCUUCAUAA